CUCCUAGAGAGGAAGGGAAUUGGGGGAGGAGGAAGAGGAGGGGGAAGAAUCCAACAGGGCAAAAGCACCUCCCUGCAAAGUCCCUUCCUUCCUGGCUUCUCGUUUGGGGGGGUUGGGGGGAGAAAGUGGCCUUUGUUUCUCCCAAGCGCUUCUGGAAUCUGGUGAGCCUCUCCCCACCUCCACCCCAGUUUUGUGCAUUUGAUUCAAACGGUGCCCCAGGGCUGCAGCGGGAGCACAGGAGGCCUGCUCAGCUGAUCCAUCCGGGAUCUACUGCAACACCCAAAUCAGGAAGCGGUGGAUCUUCUUCCACCCCUCCUCUCUGCAAAGCCAGAAGACUCCUUUUGAGAGGGGGGGGGGCUUCCUGGCUUUGAGAGAGAGAGAGAGAGAUGGGGGAGGGGUUUAAACUAGACCCGCAGUGCUGCUUUGAUCUCAUGGACCUGCGUCCCUAAUCGUGCACCUGGAAUCACUUCCUCCCUGCCCCCCACUUAGCCAGGCACAACAGUGUUGUCAGUGCUGCACCACUGAGCCGGGGCCCUCAAGACUCUGAAGGGCUGCCACUGGGAGCGUCGUCCGGCGAGGGAGGGUGCCCCAGCAGGGAAGGAGUGUUAAGGCGCAGACCAGUAGUCCAGAUGCUCUACCUUCUCUCUAUCAGAUUGAAAAAAUAGAUUCAUGGCCCUCACAAGGAGGGACCUGACCCACUCCCCUCCCGCCCACUUUUUGUUUGAUUGUCUACAGUCACAAGUGUUUUGUUCUGGGAGAGGACCCGGUUGCUAGCCAGACUUUUUCCUCUCUCCUGAUUGUGUAAUAAUUUCAUCACAGAGCAGUAUCUUGGCUUUGCAGGACUCGGUAGCACCUGUAAUCAGGAUAGUCUUAGCCUUCAGACAGAAAUUAGAAGACGGGGGGAACAAGGAGUUCAUUCACUCCUGUUGGAUGAUUCUGCAGUGCAGAGAUCAAAGAUGGAAGAGCAAGGCUCAGCUGGCCCCAAAGCAAGAAGAGGUCCCCACAUCACCCAGGCAGGGAGCAGUGGGGGAUUCUGGGGAAGAACUGUGCAGAAGGCCCUGAGUGAGGAGGACACCCUCAGCUCAGAUGCGCAGCGCCAGCUCUUAAGGCAGUUUUGCUACCAGGAUGCUGAGGGCCCCCGAGAGGUCUGCAGCCGACUCCACCACCUUUACCGUCAGUGGCUGAAGCCAGAACAGCACACGAAAGCUCAGAUUCUCGACCUGGUGAUCCUGGAGCAGUUCUUGACUAUCCUUCCAGCGGAGAUAGAGAGCUGGGUGAGGGAAUGUGGAGCGGAGACCAGUUCCCAGGCGGUGGCCCUGGCAGAAGGUUUCCUCCUGAGCCAGGCAGAGGACAAGAAGCCAGCAAAGCAGAAGGUAAAGGAUCUGUUUGCAGAAAUGGGCACUGAUUCCCCUAAGGCAGAGAAGACUCCAUCGGACACCGGUCAGAGGCCACUGGGAGAUGAAAUGAUUCUGGCAAGAUCUCCUCAGCCCUCUCAUCUUCGUGAUGGAGGGGAAUCAGCUGCUGUGGAGCCAGAUCAGGGCCCAGUGUCCUUUGAGGAUGUGGCUGUGUCUUUCACGGAGGAGGAGUGGGCACUGUUGGAUCCUGACCAGAAAGCUCUGCAUACGGAAGUCAUGGAGGAAAAUUGUGGGAUCGUGGCCUUUCUCGGAUACAUCUGGGGGGUCAAGGCUGAGGGAGAACCAUCUGAAGUAUCACUGGAAAAAGCUGAGGAGCAAGUGCAGGAGCAGAAACGGAGGAGUCAAGAUGGAGGAAAGAGACAAGAGGAGAGACAGACUCACACAGGGGACGAACCUUAUCAAUGCUUGGAGUGUGGAAAGAUGUUCAGGUGGAGUAGCAACCAUAUAGUGCAUCAAAGAACUCACAGACAGGACAGACCUUAUCAAUGCUUGGAGUAUGGGAAGCGCUUUAGUCAAAAUAGCACUCCUAAUUCGCAUCAAAUAUGUCACACAGUGGACAAACCUUAUAAAUGUUUGGAGUGUGGAAAGAGCUUCAGUCAGAGUGGCCCCCUUACUUCGCAUCAAAGAACUCACACAGGGGACAAACCUUAUACAUGCUUGGAGUGUGGAAAGAUGUUCAGGUGGAGUAGUGCCCUUACUUCGCAUCAAAGAACUCACACAGGGGACAAACCUUAUCAAUGCUUGGAGUGUGGAAAGAGCUUCAGUCAGAGUAGCACCCUUAGUAAACAUGAAAGAACUCACACAGGGGACAAACCUUAUCAAUGCUUCAAGUGUGGGAAGAGCUUCAGUCAGAGUGGCACCCUUAGUGAACAUGAAAGAACUCACACAGGGGGCAAACCUUAUCAAUGCUUGGAGUGUGGAAAGAGCUUCAGUCGGAGUAGCAACCUUACUUCGCAUCAAAGAACUCACACAGGGGACAAACCUCAUAAAUGCUUGGAGUGUGGAGAGAGCUUCAGUCAGAGUAGCACCCUUACUUCGCAUCAAAGAACUCACACAUUUCUUUGGAGAGUGAAACCUUAUCAGUGCUUGGAAUGUGGAAAGAGCUUCCAUCAGAGACACCAUCUCACUUCCCAUGAAAAAGUUCACAGCGAGGAGAAACCGUAUCAAUGCUUGGAAUGUGGAAAGAACUUCCGCUGGAAGGAAACUCUCACAUCCCAUCAAAGAAGUCAUACAGGAGAGAAACCGUAUAAAUGCUUCGAAUGUGGAAAGAGCUUCAGUCGCAGCUCCGGUCUCACAUCCCAUCAAAGAAUUCACACAGGAGAGAAACCGCAUCAGUGCUUGGAAUGUGGAAAGAGCUUCAAUCACAGCUCCCAUCUCACUUCCCAUCAAAGAGUUCAUACAGGGGAGAGACCAUAUCAGUGCUUGGAGUGUACAAAGAGCUUCAGUCGGAGAGACAGUCUCACUUCCCAUGAAAAAUUUCAUAGCAGGGAGAAACCAUAUCACUGCUUGGAAUGUGGAAAGAACUUCAGUCGGAGAUAUCAUCUCACUUGCCAUGAAAAAGUUCACAGUGGGAAGAAAUCAUAUCAAUGCUUGGAAUGUGGAAAGAACUUCAGCCGGAAGGGAAGUCUCAUCUCCCAUCAAAGCAUUCAUACAGGAGUGAAAGCGUAUCAGUGCUUGGAAUGUGGAAAGAGCUUCCAUCAGAGACGCCAUCUCACUUCCCACGAAAAAGUUCACAGUGAGGAGAAACCAUAUCAGUGCUUGGAAUGUGGUAAGAGGUUCAGCUGCAAGAGAAAUCUCAUUUCACAUCAAAGAAUUCAUACAGGGGAGAAACCAUACCAAUGCUUCAAAUAUGGAAAGAGCUUCAAUUAAAGCUCCGAUCUCACAUCCCAUCAAAGAAUUCACACAGGAGAGAAACCGUAUCAGUUCUUGGAAUAUGGAUAGAGCUUCAAUCAGAGCUUCCAUCUCACAUCCCAUCAAAGAAUUCAUACAGGGGAGAAACCAUAUAAAUGCUUUGAAUGUGGAGAGAGCUUCAUUCACAGCCAGCAUCUCACUUCCCAUCAAAUAAUUCACACAGGGGAGAAACCAUAUAACUGCUUGGAAUGUGGAAAGAGCUUCAGUCAGAGAAACCAUCUCACUAACCAUGAAACAGUUCACAGCGGGGGGAAACUCUAUCAGUGCUUGGAAUGUGGAAAGAACUUCGGCUGGAAGGAAAGUCUCACUUCCCACCAAAAAAACUCAUGCAGGAGGGAAAUGAUAAAUACUGUGGCAGCUGGUGGUCACUGGGCCUGGCAGGGCUGUUAUGAGGCCAUGGAGGCACCUCCAAUGAGGUCACAGAGGUUUAGGCACGUUGUGGGGUGGUUAUAUACUGAUUAUGAAGAAGGGUUCAGUCUCAGGGUUCACUUGUACCUUUGUGUGCAGAAUUGCUCUUUAAUUGCUUUAAUAUUAAAAAUUACCAGUUUGCUUGUUUGGAAAAGCAAAGGAAAGCACAGGAAGAAGAGGUGCUGGAACAAGAAAGUAUAAAAAAUUGUUGUUUUGUUUCCUCAAAACAUUGUGCCUUAAGGACAUAAAAAAAUGGCUGCUUAUUUGCAGUCCAGGAAGGGGAAAUACUGGCAAUCAGAGGAGAUAAGGUGCUUUUUCAGUUUUUUUCAGCUGAGGGAAGGCAAGUGGAAAUCUGGCAAGCAAACCCUAAUAAGCGCAACGCUAUUCUGGCAUGUUUCACACAAAUGUCUUGAGGCAGGAUAUGUCUGGUCUCCAGGCCAGGCCCACUCACAAUUUAAGUUAUAUAUAAACAUAUAUUUGAAGUUGUUCAGCGCCAUAGGGGGUGCCUCUGGCCAACUCAAGGAGGUUCACAUCCUCUGGGUUGCCAGGGGAAGCUGAGACGAGAGAACAGGAAGAAUUAACCUUAGCAUUCUUAUAUAGUAGAAAAUUGUUCCUUCACACCAUUCUGUGUUGCAGUGUAAUUUUAAUGUAGUAUUUUUUGCAAUGUAGAUAUUAUUUCCUCUUUCUGUUCCUGUUAGUGUGCACUUCCGUGCCUGUAAGAGUGGUGUUCAAUGCUAAUUCUACUCAGAGUAGACCAAUUGAAGUUAAAGGACACAACUAACUUAGGUUCAUUGAUUUCAAUGGGUUAGUUGAAUAUGAAUUCAGCUGAUCC